AUGGCUACCAACACUAUUACCUUGAAACUUCUUGUUGACUCAACUAGCCAAAGAGUUUUAUUUGCAGAAUCUGGGAAAGAAUUUGUCGAUUUUAUGUUCAACAUUCUGUCAUUACCUGUUGGUACUGUCAUAAGGCUUCUCACCAAAGAACAGAUGGUGGGUUCCCUUGGAAACCUUUACGACAGCCUUGAGAAUAUGAACUAUACCUACAUUCACUCACCAGCAAACAAAGACACCCUUUUGAAGCCUAUAGUUCCCAACAAUGCUGCAAAUGUGCCUCCUUUGUUGCCAACAAUUGAAUCAUCGAAACCCAUCGGAAUUUAUCUGUGCGGUAAUUAUUACUAUCGUGGCAACUGUGGUUUCUAUGUUUCCAAUGAUUCUAAAUCCUUUGUCCUUCCUGCAAAAAUGUUAUGA